UUUAUCUUUUAUGCCAAAUUAUAUAUUUAAUCUAGAAAAAUGCGCGUAAUAAUGUAAUUUAUUUAUUCACUUAUUAUUGCAUCUUUUAUAAAUUACAUUUUUGUUAUUGUAUUAUUUCAAAGUUUAAUUCCAUAAACAUAAUUGAUAAAGCUUCCUCUAAAAGUUCCUGUAAGCGAUAUUAUAUUCUAAUAUAUGGAUUUACUUCUUAAGAAUGAAUUAAUUAUUCUACAUUUAUGCACAAUAUAGCAAUUAACUAUUAACUAUUAAGUAACAAUGAGGUUUCUUAAUAUUAUGAUAAUGUGUAUUGUUAAUAUUAUAGUAACAUCUACCUCUACUUGAUUACAACAUUUUCCUGUAAUUUUCAUAAACUCUGUAAUAUUUUUAAAUAUAUACAAUUAAAAUAUACAUUUUGAUACAGUUAACUGCUAUAUUUAAUAAGGAUAGAUAUGUAAUACUUUUAUGAAUGUAUGUAAUUUUUACAUCAUACAUGUGUAACUUAAAUAAAGAGCCGUAAAAUAAUAUAAAAUGCAAUUAAAGUAAAUAAAAUCUUGAAUUAAAGUAAAUAAACAUUCUCAUAUAUACAAUGAAAAUUUUGAAUUUUGUAAGUUUAAAGUGAUAUAAUUUUAUUAUUAUCCUAUUAUCAAAAGUGUUGUAUCGCAGAGGGCGAUAUCAUAGAACCGGUAUUGAGAAUACCACAUUACCCUAUUCUCAGUCAUUCCGAAUAUUUGAUUUAAAAAAAUUUACAUUUAUUUUUUACUAAGCAUUAAAAGAGAUCUGACAUAAUUUAUUAUAUGAUUUUAAUGUGAAUUCUUAUGCAAAUAGUAAAAAUUAAUUUUUAACAAAAAUGGGAACUGUUCAUGCGAAGGAAUCAAAUAUGUUUAGAAAUACAAACGAAUCUUCAAAUAAUGAAAAACAAAAUUUCAAAAAAGAUAAUCCUUCUUCACACAUUCAUGAGAAGAUGAAUUUACUUGAAAAAAGGAAAGAGAAAUCCAUUGAUCUUCAUUCAGUGAAGGCAAGAGUUGAUAGAAUACAUGUAGAUGGACUCAUGAGAACAAAAGAUGACAUAAUAAAAGCCCAAGUAACAGAAUUGUUUAAAGCUGAAGAUUUUUAUGAUAUUAUUUUACGUGCCUAUAAAGUGAGAGAACAAUUGCAAGGUUUAGGAUGUUUUGGGAAUAUUGGAAUUUACAUUGAUACCAGUCAAGGUCCUCAUGCUACCCCAGAAGGCGUUGAAGUCACUUUUAUGGUACAUGAAAUGAGACGUCUAACAGGUGGAAUUAGCACUAUGGUUGGAAAUAAUGAGGGUUCAGUUAUUAUUCAAGCAAAAGCACCUAAUUUAUUUGGAAGAGGAGAACGUCUUCAGAUGGAAUACUCUUAUGGUUCAAAAAGUUCAACUAAUAUAAGUAUAUCUGCUGUUAAACCAUUCAUAGGCAGUUGGCGCCAUAGAGUAUUAACUGGCAGUGUGUUUAACACAUCAAAUAGGUUCCCAUGGUCUGGUUUUAGUCAAUGUGAUAAAGGUUUAUUAUUAGAUAUUGCUUUUAACACAGAUGGGGCAGGUAUACUGAAGCAUAAUUUACAAUAUGAAGCUACAUAUAGGGAGAUUAUUUCGUCCAAACAAGCGUCGUUUCGCGUUAGAGAACAAUGCGGUCCAAAUUUGAAAUCUGCACUGCGACAUAUUUGUUCCAUCGAUAAAAGAGACUCGUUAAUAUUUCCUACUACGGGAAGUCUUGUACAAUUUUCGACAGAAAUAGCUGGUCUCGGAGGAGAUAUUGGAUUUGUUAAAAAUGAACUUAUCAUGCAAACUAAUUGGACACCUCAUGAAUAUGCAACCUUCCAGCUGGGUUUUCAAUCUGGAUUGCUUCGAGGAAUCAGCAAUGAUAUGAAAAUAAAUAUCGCCGAUCAAUUUUUCUUGGGUGGACCAUUGAAUCUUAGAGGAUUCGAUAUGAGAGGUUGUGGACCUCGCCACGAUGGAAAUUCAAUCGGAGGCGAUGUAUAUUGGGCACUUGCACUUCAUUUAUACACACCACUGCCAUUUAGACCCGGUCGUCACGGUUUCGGUGAUUUGUUCAAGUUACAUGGUUUCAUCAAUGGUGGAAAUGUAUCAAAUUUCACUUUCAAAUUUGCAAAUGAUUAUAAGGAAAAUAUGAAAAUUUUUAAGGAAAAUGUUCGUUGUGCAGUUGGCGGGGGUAUUGCGAUGAAACUUGGAAAUAUAGCGAGAGUAGAAUUAAACUUAGUUAUGCCUUUGUUAUUUGUCAGAAGCGAUGUAUUGCAACAAUUUCAAUUCGGGCUCGGAUUGCAGUACUUAUAAAUAACUUUUUGGGAUAGUAAAUUGUAUAUUCUAUACUAUUUUUAUGUCAAUCGUACGCAUUUAAUGUAAAAUAAAUUACAAUUAUAAAUUUAUUAUUCUUAUGAAGAAUACAUUCUAAUGCCAUUAGAGAUAAGUAUCAGCAAAAAGCAUUUCAAAUAAGAGUUAAUCCAAAUGUAUUUUCGGAAUUUUUUUACAUUCUAUUAUAUUACAAUUGUUUACAUAAGAUGAGCACAUAUAUUUCCUAGUUUGCAUCAAGUACGAAACCAACUACAAUUUUCUGCGAAAAGUCAGGGAUUGCAUCAAAGUAUGAUGAAUCAGUUUAUUAUGAUGCAUACUUGUUUGAAAUGAAUGAUUACAUAGUAUGGUUUGUCUAUAUUUUUGAAUAUUUAAGUGUAAUCAAUAAUAAAUAAAAUAUAAAUAAAAUGCAUAUGUUACUUUCCAAUAUCAGAUGUUAUCAAGGACAUAUCUUACAGAAUUGGGUUUACUUAUAGACUUUUAUCUUUCGUGAAUUAAUAGUCUAAAUGUAAAACGUAAAAUGUAAAAUGUAAAACGACAGACAGCGCCCCUGCGAUAAAUGAGUUAUAAACGACCCAUGCAGUAACCAGUUGAAAAUGGCCGCUUAGAAGUUAUAGUUCAAAUGUGUGUUAUAAUAAUGCGUCAUUUUACAAUGGAAUCCUCCGGAAUUAUUAAAGAAUUAAAGCGAAAUAUUGUAUCUGAAGUAACGAAAUUUAUCGAAUACCCAUUGUUAAAGCAUAGAAAGUGUGGUACAGGAAAAAAUCAGUUGUCAUAUUGCGAACAAAAUAUCCUACGUGAUUGUGGUUGUCGCGAUUGUGGAGGCUAUCUUUGUUGUA